GUAUGCCUCUAUUUCUAGUACCGCCAAGUACCGAGACUCACUUCAAGUAGCGGCAUGGCAGACUCGUUGGGAACACUUUGUUACGUCUCUGCAAAGAUGUCUCCUCCAACACUCAAGGAACGCGGCAAGUGGGCCAGUAAAAAAGAAUUCCUCUUGUCAGUUGCUGGUGCAAUUAUAGGACUUGGGAAUGUAUGGAGGUUUCCAUACCUGUGCUACAAGAACGGCGGUGGAGCAUUCUUCAUUCCGUACAUCCUAUUCCUUGGGACCUGUGGUAUCCCACUAUUUGUUCUGGAGACAGCUCUUGGCCAAUACACUAGUCAAGGUGGAAUCAUGUGCUGGAGGAAGAUAUGUCCCCUGUUUGAAGGCAUCGGGUACGCCAGUCAACUCAUCCUUUUCUAUGGAUGCAUCAGCUACAUGGUUAUAUUAGCCUGGGCGUUUCUUUACCUGUUCUCUUCUUUCUCCAAAGAGAUGCCAUGGGCAACAUGUGAGAACCCAUGGAACACAGAUGCAUGCGUGGUGUUGAGCAAUCAUUCUGCCAAUUGGACUUCCAAUCCCAACAUUUCAUCAUCUGUUGUAGAAUUUUGGCGGCGACGCGUGCUGAACAUAUCUACUGGCAUUGAGGACUUGGGGAACAUCCAGUGGGAGCUUUCUUUGUGCCUCCUUCUUGCUUGGGUCAUCUGCUACUUUUGUGUGUGGAAGGGAGUACGAUCAUCCGGGAAGGCUACAUACAUCACGGCGACCUUCCCCUUUGCUAUGUUACUGGUGUUGUUUGUCAGAGGAAUGAGCCUUCCAGGUGCCUUGCAUGGCAUCAAAUACUACAUGUACCCCAAUCCUAGUCGACUUGCUGAUCCACAGGUGUGGAUGGAUGCCGGAACCCAAAUAUUCUAUUCCUACGCCAUAUGUCUGGGAUGUCUUACCACACUUGGGAGCUACAAUAAGUACAACAACAAUUGCUACAGAGACUCCUUUUUUCUUUGCUUGCUGAACAGUGGGACCAGCUUCGUUAGUGGCUUUGCCAUUUUCUCAGUUCUGGGAUACAUGUCCCAGAAACAGGGUGUAGAUAUCGCCAGAGUAGCUGAGUCAGGUCCAGGUCUUGUGUUCAUUGUGUACCCACAAGCAGUGAGCCUCCUGCCCUGGCCUCAAGUGUGGUCUGUAUGUUUCUUCACCAUGAUCGUCUUGUUGGGAAUCGAUGGUCAGUUUGCUGGACUCGAAAGCAUCAUGACCUCUAUAACGGAUAUCUACCCUUCCCAGAUCCAAAAAGGAUACCGAAGAGAGCUUGUUAUGCUGCUAAUUUGCACUUUUUGCUAUCUCUUUGGCCACUUACUGGUGUCACAGGCAGGCCCAUACAUCUUGCAGAUUUUUGAUCACUAUGUAUGCAGUGGUCCCACUCUUCUUAUGAUGGCAGUCUUCCAGUCAGUGGCUAUCGGAUGGAUUUAUGGUGCUGACCGCUUUAGUGACAACAUUGAGGAUAUGAUAGGUUACAGACCUCUGUCGCUGAUCAAGUAUUGCUGGCUCUAUGCUACACCUGCUAUAUGCAGUGGAACACUCGUGUUCUUGUUGCUGAAAUACACGCCACUCAAGUUCAACAACACGUAUGUAUAUCCUUGGUGGGCCUAUUGGAUUGGCUGGUUCCUGGCGUCGUCAUCGCUCUUUCUUAUUCCUGUCUCCAUGAUCUGCAAAGUUGCCAAAGGAAAGGGGUCAUUAUGGCAGCGUCUCAAGACAAGCACCCAAUGUUCAGAUGACCUCCCAAUGAUGGCAAAGGAAAUGGCGACACUUCGCAUUGCGCUGCACGUUCACGAUGAUGGGAAAAACAGUAAUAUUCGAUAAACUAGCAUUUGUUGAAUCCCAUUCUCAAUGCGUUAUGCUGUCUUAACAAUAUAUAAGCAAAAUCAGGACGUUAGCAAAAAUUCUAUUGCCAGUUAAUAUGUAUACAUUAUGUAUGGACAAACAGAUAACCUGCAAGUUAAAGAAAUAAGUUUUUCUAAACUUUUACAUAUCAGUCAAUUGUAAGUCUUACCCUACAAUACAGUGAACAACCGCCUUACAAUUUUACAUUUGCAGAUUUUUGGGAUGUGAGCCUUUCCGUCUUUGUUCACAUCUAAAGUUUCUACCUAUUUCUAUGGUCAAGCCAAAGCCAGGUCCAGUAUAAGAAACACAAAAUCUUGCGCAUUUUUACUUUUCGCGGCAGGGCUCGAUACGUAUUCGCAAUAGAUAGCGGGGGUUCACUGUAACAUGUGAUCAUCAUUUAAGAAAUGGGACCAAAAAUUCGAUUCUCACUCAAUAAUUUAUGUACCUCACUAAACAUCAGUCCUGACAACACCAAAUUAUUAACUCUAUUACUUGAGGGCUUGACAUGUUUUGACAAUUUCAGUUAUUUCUGCAUAAGUGAGAUGUUUGACGUUUUAAUUUCACCCAACUCAUUCCUUAUUAAAAUUAGGAAAGGGUUUUGUAUUUUUUUAGUGGAAAAAUUUUACUCGCUGAGACAGGACUAUUAAGGCGCUGACUAGUUUUUGCUAGUGAGGACGAAGAGUCCAAUAAAAUAUGCACCUUACUGGAUAUCAAGGAUACUGAACCAAUGGCUUUGAGCAUUUUUAGUCCCUAAUCCCUAUUUAGAAAGUGACACACACAGAAAAAAAGGCUUCUGAAGUCACAUUUAAAAAAAAAAAAAUUGAACUGCAAACGCAUGCAAAUUGCACAACCCUGGUGAAAAAUAAACGCGUACCAAAACUUACCAUCAGGAUACUAGUUUGGAACAACUAAUUUUAUACUAAAUAUAUUUUUAUUGUAAUUAAAUUGUAUAAAAAAAAAUAAAAUAAAAAAAAAAGCUCAACUUGAGUGUACUUAACGUACUUUUAUGUGCUAAAGUGGAACAACUUCAAGUAUACACUUAAGGCGUAUUAGUUUAUAUGUACUAAUAUGUGCUCAAGUAGUAAAAUUACUAGUACUUUAUCUUGAUUAUGAUUACAUUAGAAAUGAAUUGCUAGUGUCUUUGAAAUAUAGUUUUUAAUACAGUUCUACAGCGAUAACAAUAUGCUUGCAUUGUAUACUUUGUCAUUACUUCACUAUUGUAGCUUCCCAAGAGCUGACAGUGGAAUUUAUUUAACUUAAAUAGGCAAAGGAGUCAAGGUCAGUUUUCACAUACUUUAUUCACACCACACUCACUCAUGUAAUGCGUUUCACAACGAUUUAAAAUCGUGGUGUCAGAUAACCCACAAGUCUUUGUGCCAGCAAAUCCCACAAAUAGGAGCGUCACGUUGCCACAUCGAAUGCACAAAUAGGAGCGUUGCACUGGCACCCCAUUGCGAUGCAGGCAGUACUCCUAUGACACUACACUAUAUUGCUUUCCAAUUUGACUAUUCUUAGAACUGUAUUACUAGAACAGUAUAUUAAAGAAAGACUUCUGGGACUACUUCCAGGUGAAAAUAUAUACUUUAAUGUAUUUGACAAAAACAAACUGCAAACAUUGCAUUCAAUACAAAUAUAGCAAUUGACAAUUUCACUUGACUUAACUUAUUAAACAUUACAUAAAAAUCGCAAGAAUUGCUAUCAGGGUACUUUACACACAGAACAAAAUGUCCUAAAUGGGUCUGAGUGAAUUUUUUGUAGAAAUAUUACUAUUUUCACUUCAUCAUUAGACUGAAACAUAGCACUCAAACUUGAUAUUAUAGUGUUAAUAUUAAAAUGUGCCAUUUUAAGGUAUGCUCUCAGAGAACUUUGAGCAUGGAUUUUGAAAUGUCAAAAAUAAUUGGAAAAAGUAAAAAAAAAAAAAUUUUUUUUAAAUACACAUAAUUUCUAUUUUAAGCGUAUUUUAGUCUACUAUAUUUAUAUCACGUGUAAUACAGUAUACAUUUUUUGAAGUCCGUUCAAUGUAUAAGGACGAAAGCAUAAUUUUAAUAUAUAUAUUUUUUAAUAUUUUUGAAAAAGUACCAUUUGUUAAAGUACAUUUUUAAAUACAUUAUUAAAUUGUGAACAUACUUGAAAUACAAUAAAGUACUUUUUUUUUCACCAGGGAACAUUUCAAUGUACAUUGGUGCCUUGAGAAAUGAGUGCCUUGACUUAUGAGUUUGUCAAGAUAGGCGUUAUCACUUGUUUGAAUUUUUUAUACAGCGAAAUGAACAAAAAAUUAAAUAUGAGUGUGCUUCAGACCCACAUUACUAGCUAGAUAGCGGUGAUACUCAAUGUACAGUGUUGCAUUGAGAUAUGAGUUUUUUUUGUUUUUGUUUUGUUUUGAUGUGACCCAUCACUAGCGUCAAAAUAUUGUUGAGUACAUUAUUGUCAUUAUUAUGAAAAAAAUAUGUUUAGAAGUUUGGGGGGGUGGCGGUUUGGGAGUCUGUUUAAUUGAAUGGGGAAAGUUACUAAUGGAGUGUGGUCACAAAAUUAAUUGAAACACGUAUUUCAAGGCACCACUGUAUAGCAACACUUCAUAUGACACCAAAGGAUUGUAAUCCAAUUCAUAAGAUUUCUUUAAAAUUGUGUGACAGUUACAACAUUUUGUUUUAGUAGAGCAACAUUGUUAUUUUCUUAUUAGUCAAGAGAGUGUAGAGAGUGUAGUUUUUACAUCUAAUAUAGACAAUUUUAAUAUAGCUUCAUUUAUCUUAUUUUUGUUUUCACACUUAGUAGUUAGUAGUUCUCAUGUAGUUUUACAACUGUUGUCAGCCAUACCAGCAGCAGCAACAUCCUUUUUUAAACAGAAUGUUCAUCUCUGUUGGGGUAACAACAGUGCAUGUUAAACAAGUUUAAUAUAUUUUUGAUCGCAAUUCCUUUUGUGUGUGGCCAAUGACGAGUUCGGAAAGGCAAGGCACUGCGUGAUAAUGAAAUUUAUAUCUUUUUACUAAAAACUAGACAAAUAUUCUUGGAAUGACUUUGAUUUUUUUGCUGUGUAAAAAGACAAUUUCCUGCUUGUUUCGUCCUAUCACAAUUUGGACUAAUUUAUCAGAAUUUUUUUCACCUGGUAAAUCCAAAUCCUAAAACAGCAUUUAGGAAUGGCUGCUAAUGGCAAAAUAAUCAUCUACUUAGCGAUCAUAACACUUUGCACCUUCCCAGAUUACGCAUCAAUUCUGCCACUGAAAAUGUCUGGUUUCAUGGCGACUGUAAGAUCAGUAAUUGUCAGAUACAGUGGUACUUCUACAUACAAACUCGUUACAGGACCUGGUUUGUAAGUCAAAAUGGUAGUAUGUCGGCCGGGAUUUUCCCAUAAGAAUACAUUAUAAUUCGAUUAAUUCGUUCCACAGCCCAAAAACCAAAGCUAAAUCCUUCAUAAAUACUGCCAGUACAAUUACAAAUAGCAAUUACACAUAGCAAAACAAAAUUAUAAAUACAAAUCGGAAUGAUAAUAGAUUGGAGUACAGGUUGGUUGAACCUGCUGAGCAUAGCUGUUUGUCGCACCUCCGACGGUGCCGGUGAGCCCGCUGCAGGGUCGUCAGCCGGGAGCCACUCCACAUCAAUGUUUCGCCCCUUUCAUCCCGGAACAUCUCUGGGUGGUGGGGCAGUGACAGGGACGUCUCCCUACCACUCCCUGCAGCUGCCUUAUGGGCUGGGCCCCAAGGACUAUGCAUGGCAGGGCAGUCCAUGUCCCUGAGUCAAGCACAAGUCUGACCGCGUACCAAGUAAACACGGAAGUCCUAAGCUCCUUGUUUCCCCCACACGUUAUCUUUCCUCCGGAGCCAGAGCCAAAAGCUGUCUUGCUCUGCUUUCUCUGCCCGGUCCUUCAAGGCUUUCCUCAGUUUCAUUCCUGUGAUUCCGAGUGACACCAUGAGCCGCUGGGUGGAGUUUCCUGUGAAGCCUCUGCACCUGACGUCUGCUGGUAAAACUGUUGCCUUCUAGCCUGCAUGGCGACAUGCAGCAACCAAGCCGGCGUAUUACUCCUUCUUUCUCUCGAAGGCGGUGUCCAUCCCCUCUUCUCACGGAACUGUUAGCUCCGCCAUGAUGACUGUCCUCAUGGGAAAGACCAGAGGACAAUGUCCGGCCGGAGGGUGCGGUAUUUAAUGACUCCGGGGAACGUGAGUUGCCCAUCCAAGACGGCUCUCAUGUUCCAAUUGCCUCCAGGGGAAAGUAGGGACCACUGUUUAGUGCUGCUGCUGUGCUUCUUGCCUCCUUGCUGGAUGAACUGGAUCCUCUGUUGUGAUGUUAGCGAGCUGGUGUUGUUAACUUCAAGCCUACGGGCCUCGAGGAUUUUGGCCAGCUUGCGCAGGACUUUAUCAUGGCGCCACCUGAACCGGCCCUGUGUCAGUGCAGCCUUGCAGCCAGAGAGGAUGUGUUGCAGACUCGAGUUGCUGGAGGUGCAGAGAUGGCAUGUCUCCUCUUAGCCAUACCUUAAGUGCAUGUUCAGGGGACUGGGAAGUGUGUCGUAUGCGGCUCUAAUCAUGAAGCUGAGCCUUGCUUGGAGAUUCCUCCACAUGUCAGCCCAUGAGAUAGUUCUAUUGACAACAGCCUCCCAAGUCGUCCAUCUUCUUUGCUGCUGUUGGCUGACAGCUUUGAUUUUGUAGCUCUCUUCUUCGAUCUUGACGUCUUGGGAGAUCACCAGGUCUUUCCUUUCCUUCCUUGAAGCCUUGGACCACAUAUUUGAUGUAAGACCCCAGCUGAAGCCAGACCUGCCUUGCUACUGAAACCCGACAACUUCCAAGUGUUUUAGGUGGGUAAUAGCCUGAUCGACAGCCUUGGUGGCGACCCACUUGCGGCCUGUGCAUACAUGGGCCUUGGUGUUUGGGACAGCUGGGUCAGGUGAGUCCAUGAGUUAAAAAACAAGCCUCACCUUUUCCUUUCUAUACCCCAAGCUGAUGGACUUCCAGGGGAGCUUCAGUGUAGUGCUCCCAAAAAGCGCUGCGGUAGAAAGGCAUCGGGGCAGACCUAGCCACUUUCGGAGGUAGUUAUUGGUUUUCGAGUCCAGUUUCUGGGCUGUGGUAAGGCUGAUGUCACAGAGUUUGAGGGGCCACAUCAGGCGAUGGUACAGGGUGAAUUGUUAACACCGGACCUUGAACUUUCCUGGCAGUGGGCUCCGGUCAAUCUUGCUUAGGCCAUCCAGCAGCUGGGAGCCGAUCGAGGUGGCCAUAUGUUUGUCCGACAAGUCGGCUAUGUACAGCCUUCCAAGGCUUCGUACUGGUUGGUCCACUAGCAGCGGGAUUUCCUCGCUGUUUACUGUGAAGCAGAUGGUAUCAGUCCAUAUGCCUUUCCUGAUGGAGAGGCUGCGGGACUUCGCUAGCUUUAUCCUCAUCCGGGCCCAUGCUAGCAGCUCUUUGAGCCUUUUCAGGAGUCUUACUGUGCAAGCCUAAGUCUGGAGGAGGGUGGUUAUGUUGUCCAUGUAGCUCUGGAUGGAUGGAAGUUGGUGGCUAUACUGCGAUCUAACGCCUCUGGCCAUCUGCCUUCCGCUGAUCAGGAUGAUCUCAAAUGCUGCUGUGUAAAGGAUGGGGGACAUGGAACAACCAAUGGCUAUCCCUUUCUCCAGCCAGUUGAGUCCUUCUGGUUAGAGUAGAAGAUCUGGAAGUUCUAGUAGCAAAUAAUUUGCUACUAGGCCCUGAAUGCGUGAUGCUAUGAGGAAAAAUCCAAGGCGAAGUGGAUGAGCUGAUGGGGAAUAGACCCGUUGGCAUUUGCUAGAUCUAGCCAGACCACGUGCAGAUCUGACUUGUUCUGCUUUGCUGAAUGGAUAUGUUCCCAAAUCAUAGCAGAGUGCUCCACACAGCCGGGAAAGCCAGGGUCAUGUGCUUUGCCAUCACCGAAAAGAUCUUCCCCUCCACGGUCAAUAAGGUAAUGCCUCUGAAUGGGUGAUGCUACUGGAGUCUUUCUCUUUUGGGAUGAAAGUGGUGACUGCUCUGCUCCAUGCUGACGGAAUGGACUGGGAUUUCCAGGCAGAGCACAUUAGCCUCAACAGCAGCUUCACGGUCCUGGGGCAGUUUUUGUAGACUCUGUAUGGCACGCCAUUUGGUCCCGGCGCAGAAGCAGCUCUUGCUCGCUCUACCAUGUGCUUGACUUUGGACCACUUGGGGGAGGAGAUGUCAAAUGGAGAGUUGGGUUCUGUUGGGCGGGGAACAUACCCUGGUGAUCCGAGGGGGCACUCCCUCAUGCUGUCCCUAAGAUGGUCUUUGAUGUGUUCUUCUAGCUCCUGCUCCGAAACCUGCAGCGUUCCCGAUUUCUUCUUCUCCAACAAGACCCGAGCGUACUUGAAAGGGUCUCGGAAAAAACUAAUUAAAAAAAAAAAACAAUAUGAUAAUAACUAAGGUUGUCCCAAACGAUUAUUUUUCUCCCGAUUACUCUGCAGACUUUUUUUUUAACAAUUAGUCGACUAGUCUAAUCAUUUUUUAAUGAACUUUUUUUUAACUAAUCUUCUAAUCUGGAGUGAAGUAUGUGAAAAAAAAAAAUAUGAUGAACGUUGAUAUGACUCUACGACGGCGUAUUAGGGCCAAAUAAAUGAAUACAUUUAUGAAAAAAGGAACCAGAUUAAAGUCGUAAUAUUGCUACGAGAAAAAAACGUCACAUUAUUACGUAGGGGUAAUGUAGCUGUGAGCCGCUUUCUGAGCCACAACAAAGCAUUAGUAUAUAUUAAACAAAAUAAUAAGGAUUUUCACAUUUGUAAAACUGAUUCUAAAACACAAACUUUCAAUAUUAUUGAUUUCAACAGAGACGACAAUGCGCUACAUUAGCCCCACAUUAGCCCCUAAUACGCUGUCGUACGACCACAUAAAGGUAACUUCAAUAAAAAAGUGGAGUUAUAUGGAAUUAACGAUCCACCAGCUAGUUGUCUCCUGUCGUCUUCCAAAACUAUACAUGGGUGACGGCGCUUUAAGUGUUCAUUCACAGCCAACGUGCUGCAGUGGUAUGCAAGCUUGGAAUAGCAGAGACUGCACACGACAGCGUACCCUUCUUUGUUUUGUUAAAAUAAGUCCAUGCUUUGGCCUGUUUUUUGGCUUUGUGCCGCUUUCCCCACUUAAAUCAAGAGCGCCCGCUAUUUUCAACUUUCCACGCAUAUAUAUUUUUUUAACCCUUAAUCAACGGUCGACGGAAUGGUUUGCUCGUCAACGCAUAUACGUCAUCGAUGACGUAGACUAGUCAGGACAGCUCUAAUAAUAAUAAUUAUUUUAUGUAAUGAAUUGGGUUCUAAUGUAGCAGUUGUGUUUUGCAUGCUGUUCCUGAAUUCACCGUGUAACUGACGACAGAGUGAUAGAGGGGCGGAGAGAGUUUACUUUCCCUUUUCAUGUGGUUGUUGGCGUCGGCUGCUGAGUUGCACAAGUUCUGAAAUAAAUGAUUAAAAACCUGACAAAGCUGGCGAUACUCUUGCCGAUGUUAGAAUAAUAAUAAUUGUCACCUUAACUUAUUAAGACUGGCGAACGGAGGUCGGAGGAGGACUGUCGUGAUCAUCGACACAUUCGUCGUAGACGUAUUGUUGUCCCAUGUUGAUUUCUCUCACAAGAAAAUCCGUCUUGCGUCCAUCUUGCAGCAAAACAAUGAAAUUGUCAUAAAUCCUCUUAUUUCGAGCAUGUCGACAUAUGUCUAGACAAAUGACGGGUCAAAUUUUAUGUCGGAUGUCGAAAAGAUCGUAUGUCAAGGUACCACUGUAUGUCUAAAUUUUCAUCAGCUGUGCGAAACAUGCAUACAUCUGCUUACUAACACAUACUCUAUCAAAUAUUUACACAUAUAGUUACACGUAUGCUUCAAUUUCUCCUACUUGCAACAUACAGGUGCUGACGUUUUGUCAUCAUUCAUCAUAAUGCUUUAAAAGGGAGAAAAGUGAUCAUAAUUAAAAUCAAAAUUGGUCCCUUGAUGCCCUCUGCUGGCGAUUUCGUUUUAUUCUCCUUGUCUACAAGUGUGAAAUUCACUGUAAAGUUGCUUGUAACACUCCCACACUAACCCCUUUGAAAAAAUAUACUUGUAAAAACAUUUAUGGCACAGAAUGAGUUAAGGUGCGGGUUUUUAACCGCACUCCAUGAAGCACAUGAUAUCUGCUCACGCAUCCCUUUAUUUGGUUAUUUUACCACCCGCAAUUGCACCAGCUUUCUUUCCACGUAAAUGUCUUGUAGGCAUGAGUGUCAUGAAUGGAUAUGUUGCGAGCAUAAUGUCUAAAUGUGUUUUCUUUAUGCAUUGUCAGUAGAACCCAAAUGUUUUGGGGAACAAAUUGUCCUUAACAGAGCCUUUCUCUUUUCUACCAGUACCCUGUUGACUGGGCCCAUAUGGGGUAUUGCAACACUUGGCUUAGUUCCCUGCGCUGUCUAGUUAGUUAAGUCCAUCUGACCUCAUGUGUACUGCUGGGUGUCACAGCGUCAGUUUGGACAUUUCCACUUCAUUUCCUUUUGGCACCUUCCCCAUGCUGCCUGCACUUUUAGAGAAUGCAAGCCAAACAGCAUGCAUAAGCACGUUGCAAAACAAGCAGACUAAUAAGUUCAAGCCUACGCACAUUUUCAACCAUGUUAUAAACGUUUUAAUUUCCUGGCAAAGGGUCAUUCUUCUUUAUUUUCUUUGAAAGCUCUACUCAUUCUUCAUUAGGAAAUUGCAUUUUUUUUAAUAUCACGUUUGUGGUGCUCUGUCAAACGACUAAGUGCAGUCAUGGGUCUUGGAAGCUGUUGCUACGGAAAAGAAUCCACACAGCAAUGUGCUGUUAGAAUGGUGGAGCUCAGCUUUUACUUCAGCGCAAACAACAAGUGCCUCAGUUGUGCAAGGCAUGUAAGUUCGACCACAAGUAUGAAAGGAAGUUUCUAAAAUAACUAAUCGAAAGCUGUUUUAGCAUUUAUUCAAUAUCCUUGAUAUCCGUAUACCUUACCAUAGUCAUGAAGCUGGAUUUUAAAUAUAUAAAUAAAAUAAAUGCUUAGAAUGCUUUACGAAAAGCUGUUUGAAAGCUUUUGUGUCAACGAUAUUGGGGGAAAUUUUACUAAUUCUGUGUGGUAAUUAUUUUACUAGUAAGGAAUUGAGGAUGAACAUUGUUCUCAAAAAUGGAGCUUAAACUGGAUAACAAUGGUAUGAAAUAAAUAUUCAAACAACUUUCCAUAGGUUUAAUGGAGGCUUUGAAAGUGUGCUCAAAAUAUGUACUGUUAAUAUUUAGGGGCAAAUUAAGAUUUAUUUGUGUGCCUUGUCAAUCAUCUCAUUUAGCUACUUGGAGGGUUCUGCAGUGACAUUUGAUUUGUACAAAGUUGGAAGUGAUUGAGCAAAAGUUAGGAAAUGAAACAAAGUCUUUAAGACGCAUUCAGUAAAGAAGGCAAUAGACAUGAAAAUGAUGCCAACUCUGACCUCUGCCUAAACAUCUUUUAAAAAGCUCCUCAUCCACAACUACAGUACCAUUAUUGUUGUUUGUACAAUAUACAGCAGGGAUGUCCAAACUAGUCCACAUAGGGCCGCAGUGGGUGCUGGGUUUCAUUCCAACAAGACAAGACGACACCUUUUCACCAAUCUGGAGUUUUACAAGUGUAACCAGUUGAGUGCAGUCAGAUGCUGCUUGUUUUAGCAGAAACUUCAUUGGUUAAACACUCUGCGUUCGCUUGGUAGGAACAAAAGCCAAGGACCCACAGCGGCCCCUAAUAUACAGUAUAAGACCCUAUUUUUGUAGACUGCGCCACAUGCUUUGAUGCUGAGCAUGACAUAAAUGUAAUUUGGUGCUGCCAAUUUUUGAAUUUGGUAGACAGAUCUGCACCAACAAGAGCAUACGGGUGCAGCGAAGGUGUGGCUUAGCAGACACACCCAGUGUAUUGGCAAUUUCCUGGACGAUGGGCACACUUAAACUACUCUGGUCAAGUGGGGGUUUCAAGCUUACUCAAGUGUAAAAGCAGCAUCCUGCAACCUCCUCCAACCCCACCACUGACAUUUUUAAGCGAUAGUGAACCGUUUGUAUGAAAGGACCUUCAUAAACACAAUUACUGUAGGUUAAAAAAGCUGAUCAGUCACAUCCAUGGGUGCUGGCGUUCUCGUUAACUACUCCCAUUGAACAAAUUUCCUGCAAGUUGAAGCAGUACUGACCUGUACACCUCAAAGUUACCUAGCGUAAAACACACUCGUUGAUAACAAUGUUUUCCUGUGCAAUAUUUACACACACCUUAACAUGAAGAAGAAGCAUCAAGAACAAAGUGUCGGUAUGAUUAAUUUCUUUCUUAACACAGUGUCACUGAGUGCGGUGUUGCUUUCCUUUAGCGCUUCAGAGCUGGAGAAAUUAGCCACACAACCACACUGACUCUGAGUUUAUAAAAUUUGGCAGUUAACUACCACGUGUCAAAACAUAUCCAGAGAGCAGAGGUGGGAAGUGUAGUCAAAAAAUUAGUAGCGUUACUUCAAGAUACUAUUACUUAAGUAAGAGUAAAAUUAGUCAUCUAAAAAGUAUACUCAUGUAGAAGAAAAAAAAUAUUUAGUGAAAAGAAUACUCAAGUAAUAAGUAACAUUGUGAAUAACUGGUUAUGAUUGAUUUUUUAAAUAAUAUUUUUUUUUCUCAGCACAAAAUUAUCUAUACGAAUUGUUAUUAUUAUACUGUUCAUUGACCCAUGACAUAACCAUAUUAAGCCGAAUAAGAAAAAAAAAAAAAAAAUCAUUGAAUUCCGGCGUGAGAAAAAAACAGAAAUAAAGCAUCAUUUGUCCAAAGAGCAUGAGUGUCCUCUAGUGGAGAAAAUAGUUCCCAUUUUGAAUAGUUAAAUAGUGAAUAGUUCCUUCAUAGUUCCUGUUAUGGAAUUAAAAGGUUCAUAUCUCCGGUUUUCCGUGAUCAAUCGGUGCCAAAUAAAAACUGGAAGACAGGUUAAAAUCCUUGCAUUCGAGUCAUGUUGAGUGCAGCGCUCUAUGUGAAGUACUUCAUUUUUUACGGUGCUUUAACGACGCCACGUGAUCAAACAGGCUGGCGUGAAGAUAGAAUGGCAAGCUUGCGUCCGAUUGGUAUAAUGGAUUCAUGCAAUUAUUUUUGCAAUGUCUCAUUGUUGAAAUCGGUAUAGCUACCCUGGUAAUUCACCAGCCACGUCUCUACUCUUGACAUCGCUAGCAAAAAAAUACAUCUAGUAUGUAAAAUAAAGAGGAAAAAUGUAAUGACUCUAGUGUCGCCCAAGGUAGCAGUGUUUUUUCUUCACAAAUCUACUCAAGUAAAAAGUACAGUUUAGUAAAACUACUCUUAGAUGUACAAUUUCUCAAAAAGUUACUCAACUAAAUGUAACAGAGUAUAUGUAACGCAUUACUACGCACCUCUGCAUACGGUAAGAUCAUUGUUAUUAUCGUGAACCUUGUAGGCCUAUUGCAAAUCAUAUUGUAUCGUAUCGCGUGAACAUAGAACGGCAAGCUUGAGUCUGAUUGGUAUAAUGGAGUCAUGUGAUUAUCGUUGCGACGUCUCAUUGGUGAAACUGGUAGAGCUACUUUUGGCAUUGCUGGCAAAUAAAAAAGUAAAAUCUAAUAUGUAGAAUAAAGAGGAAAAGUGGAACGAUUAGUGUAGGCCCAAAGUAGCGGAGUCAGAGUAGCGUUUAUUCUUCAGAAAUCUACUCAAGUAAAAACUAUGGCUUAGUAAAACUACUCUUAGAAGUCUGUUUUUUCAACAACAACAACAAAAAAAGUUACUCAAGUAAAUGUAACACGUUACUACCCACCUCUGCCAGAGAGGGUAUCCUUAAACGACAGGAUAUUGUGGAUGACGUGGUAUCAUUAUUAUUCUUUCUUUUUUAACCUGUCCUGUUCAGCUGUUUGACAUGGAAAAUGGAAAUCUGAGUGUACGAUUAGUCUGAACAGUUUUAAUGUUUCACAUUGGAGAAUGACACACUCCCGCUGUGAUCAUUCAACAUAGUGGUAUUAAUUAAAUAAUUAUACGCUUAAGCCCUUAUCAUUUCUAGUACGGAGGUAGUCUGAAUUUCAAGACGUUGACUACUGAUUUUGCUUAGAAGCACAUGCAAACAGAUCCUGUAUGUCAAGGAAUUUCAUUCAUGCAUAGAACACUCUGUACCAUAAUAUGAAUCAUCAUACAAUCAAUCAUUUUAAUGCAUAAUUGUUGUGUUCUUCAUAAACAUACCCCAACUGACCGGGGAACGGCCAUUGGUGAUGAUGGGGAAAGGAAAGAGUAGGCUGGGUGUUUACACAAGUAAUCACAGUCGAAAAAUGGUCCUUUAAGUGACCUCCAUGAAUUGGCCCCCCCAUCAGAUGCAAAUUUAUAUAAAAUGAUUUCAGUCCUUUUGUGCUAUGUUUGUGCUGGAAAACAUUUCAUUUAUGCUGCUAUCGUUUUAGCAAUUCUUUUAUAGGUCAAUCUGAGGGUCAAUCAUGCCCCUAUUUUGAUUAAAAAUGGUCUUGAUCUUUUAUGUUUCGUAUGUGCCCGUUUGUGCUGCCAUCAAUUGUGAGAUAUUAAUUUCAAGUGAUGACGUCACGCAGCACCCCAUUUCCAUUUAUUCGUUUGUUCUACGUUUGCGCUAGUUGUUGUGACACCCUUGUUAUUGAGUUGGUGAUGUCAUCACUCGAAAUUAACACCUCAAGAUCUCAAAAACGAUAGCAGCAUAAACAAAACUUUUUACAGCACAAACGAUUGACAUCAUUUCAAUAUAAAUUUGCAUCUGAUGGGGAACCAACUUCACGGAGGUCUUUAAGUGUCCGUUUCACUGUUCAGAUCUGCCAGGCCAAAUUUAUGUGAUUUGCCCGGUAUAUUUGCUUUACCUCUUUGGCCUCCACUAAGCAAACCAGUAACUCCUUCCAUCAGAUAAGAGUACGAGCUGUGCCAACAAAUGAGCCACUGUUAGAUGGAAUGGAAAGAAAUCUGCUUAUUGGUACGAAAAACUCGGAGGUGUUCACAUCUCUUAGCGACGCACCCCGCUUUUCCAAAGUGCACACAAAAAUAGGGCCAAUGUACUGUAACCAACAACAGACAACACAAUACCAAAUGAACAAUAUCUCUUUUUAAAGGGAUUGCUAUGUGUACUGUGGUAAUGUUAAUAUGAGAAGCCAGGGAGAGGAAUGCUCAUUCAUUCAUCCUCUGUACCGCUUAUCCCCAUGAGUGUUGCUGUGGUGUGGGAGCCUAUCUCAGCUAACAAUGGGCAGGGUACACCCUGAACAGGUUGCUUUUAUUUCUGAUGAAUUUUAUUUAUCAUAAGGUAUUUACCUGUUGCUGGCUCAAUUUUCACUUUAUUUUUUUUUUAUUAUAAUCUUUGGUGGAAGUUUUGUGGAAUUUUUGUAUUAAUGGAUUUCAUGUUCACUUUACACUGUUUGUCUUUACUGUAACUUUAAAUUUGUAUAUUAAAAUACAU